AUUCAACUAAGUAAAACCAUAUCUGUCAACACUUUGUCAAACAAUAUAGCGUGAAGAUAAUAGUAAUUGGGAUUUGGGUGAUCUUGCCCCCAAUCGCCGCAAGAAGUACGCCCAUGGGCCGGGUAACCAAGCAUCAGACACACGCGACACUCGACUGCCAUUAGCGACCAAUCUAGUCAUCAAAUGUGCCGGCUAUAUAUCUGUCUAUAUCGCCACCACUCCGGGCCACAGAGACGGCGACAAUUAACGUGGUCAAUCAGCGUGAAAACCAUGUCGAAGUCAUCAUAGAUGAGCCGAGUUCUGGGCGCAUGGAUCAGUUCAACCGAAGCCCCGGAUCCGAGAGGUCUACCGUUCUCCACAUUCGAUUCGAAAAUUAUUAUUUCAAGUCAAAAAGGCAUAAAAUGCUCGUUAAACUGAUUCUGGCGUUGGUAAUUGGCUAUGGUGGCAUUUUUGCGCCUGGCAGUGCACAAAAUCUGCUGGAUCGACUGCGUCCGGUGAAUAUGACCCGCUUCGAUGAUGGAAUCAAAGUGGUUUCCGGCACCAAAGUGAAGCGGUACGAGCGGCUGACCGUGCCGCUCGGAGGUCCUGUGGGUAUUCCAGGAGCUGCUGGACUCCUGGGACCUCUGCUGCCACCUCAACCUUCGUAUUUGGGGUAUACCUAUCAGUUGGUGCCCCAAUGGCAGGCGGGUGCUAAGUUGGUGGGCGACGGGGAGGGUGCUAGCGUGGCCGGCAUGAUAUCCUUUAUUCAGCUUCCUUACAACUCGGACAUCAAGGUGACAAUUAAUGUGACGGGAUUACCACCUGGUAAGCAUGCUCUGCAUAUCCACACCUUCGGAGACCUGAGCGAUGGUUGCAAGUCCACGGGCGGGCAGUUUCCCAAUAAUUUCCUCGGCAAUGUGGACACCAAAGAUGAUGGCAGUAUUUCGGCGGUUUUCCAGAGUAUUUACCUCCAAUUGUUUGGCAUUAAUGGAAUCGUUGGACGCUCCUUUGUGAUCCACAGCAAGGCAAUUGAUCUGAACACGGCUCUGAAUGCGGAGGUCUUUUCCUCCUCCCUCCAGAUAAUGCCAAAUCCCUUGGCCUAUCAGAACGAGGAGAAUUCUGUGGGUCCGGCAAUUGCCUGUGGAGUUAUAAGUCUUAUGAGCACAACAGCCAGUUCGGUGGGUAUGGCACCUGCAGCAUCUGCGCAACCAGCAAUGCAGGAUGCGGAGAUUUAACGUAUAUUCUUACACUAAUCUUA